AUGCGUUCCAUCCUCCUCGCUGGCGCUGCUCUCGUAGCCACAGCAUUGGCUCGAACAGUCCCUCACCGUUCGUUGGCUGCCAGGCAGAACGGAGGCCUUCCCAGCACUUUCAGCUGGACAUCGAGCGACAUCCUAGUCAGGCCCAAGAACGAUGGUCGCAACCUCGCUGGUAUCAAAGACCCCUCAAUCAUCGAGUAUGAGGGCGUAUACCAUGUCUUUGCCAGUACAGCAAAAGAGGAGGGCUACAACCUGAUGUACUUUAAUUUCACCGACUUCGACAAGGCACAAGAGGCGCCAUUCUACUAUCUUGACCAGAGCGCCAUCGGUACCGGCUACAGGGCUGCACCUGAAGUUUUCUACUUUGCUCCCCAAAAGCUCUGGUACCUUGUCUACCAGAACGGCAAUGCUGCAUACAGCACCAACCCAGACAUCUCCAACCCUGCAGGCUGGUCUGCUCCGGAAGUCUUCUACCCCAACGGCACCCCCGCUCUCAUUGCAGAGGGCCUUCUCACCCCUCAGCAAGGCUACUGGGUCGACAUGUGGGUCGUAUGCGACGAAGCCAACUGCCAUCUCUUCUCCCACGAUGACAACGGCCGCCUCUACCGCAGCCAAACGACCGUUGCCCAGUUCCCUGCUGGAAUGAGCGAGCCUGUCAUCACCCUCUCAGAGCCCAACAAGAACGACCUCUUCGAAGCGGCCACUGUGUACCGCGUCGACAACAGCACCUACCUCCUACUUGUCGAGUGCAUCGGUCAAGGAGAUUCCCCCGGUGGCCUACGUUACUUCCGCUCCUGGACUUCUUCCUCGCUCGAGGCCGACGAGUGGAAGCCGCUUGCCGCUACCCAGCAGAACCCCUUCAUGGGUGAGGCGAAUGUCGAGUUUGCCAAUGGAAACAGGUGGUCGGACAGUAUUAGCCAUGGAGAGUUGAUUAGGUCUCAGGUUGACCAGACGCUCUCGAUCAAGCCGUGUGGUAUGAGGUUCUUGUACCAGGGUAUCGAUCCUCAGGCGACCGGGAGCUACAACGCGCUGCCGUGGAACCUGGGUCUGUUGACCCAGACUGGCAACACCACCUGCUAG